AUAUAUCCACAACUGUGUAUUUAUGGAUAUGAUAUAAAAAUAACUCUAAUUUGCAUUCUCUCCUGAUAGUUUUUAUAUCACACGGGCUGCACAACAAAGUGAAAGCAGUUCACUGAGUUCCCCUUAGUGAAUAGUCUAAUUGAGCAAAUUGAUUCCAUGUAAACAAAGCAAACAACAUUGAGAGUAUAACAGGAACAGGCAAACGUAAAAAAUUAAAUUAAUAAUAAAAUCUCAAAGUAGAAAAAAUGUCAUCCGAAUACGAUAAAGUAAAAAUUGGCAAAUUGGUACUGAAAGGAGAAAAACACAAAAAAAGCAAAAAACGCAAGAAGGAAAAGGAACACAAAGAUGAUAAACACAAGAAACGUAAGGUGCAGGUGGACGAAGAUGCUCUCAAACACGGCGGAUGGUGGCAGGCAAAGUUGACGUCAGAAAUCACCGGUCCAGUGGCAAUACAAUUUGGCGAACAUUCCUAUGUUAAGGCCCUCGAUAAUGGUUUAUUUACGCUGGGAGCACCACACCGUGAUGGCGAGGGACCAGAUCCAGAGGAAAUUUUUACAGCAUUUCCAAUCAAUGACAGAAAGGUUUCGUUUAAAUCUGGUUAUGGAAAAUAUUUAAAAAUUGAAAAAGAUGGUGUGGUGACGGGCCGAUCCGAAGCUGUCGGUAGCUUGGAACAAUGGGAACCCAUCUUUGAAGAUGGUAAAAUGGCUUUAUUAUCGGAUUUGGGUUUCUUUAUGUCAAUCGAUCCGGAGGAUGAUGCCUGUGUGGCGUUGCGUAAAAAAGUCACAGGUUUGGAAAUUUGUGUUAUUCGAUGUAACAACCCUCGGGAGACGGUGGUCGAUGAAGAGCCGCAAGAAGAAAAGGGGGAUUUAUAUGAAGUCGAAAAGAAUUAUGUGAAAAAGUUCCAGAAAUUCCAGGAUAAAAAGUUACGAAUUAAUAAGAAUGACAUUAAAGAAUUGGAAACAGCCAAGGAAAAGGGAACUCUACAUGAGGCCCUAUUGGACAGACGUAGCAAAAUGAAAGCUGAUCGUUACUGUAAAUAGUCGGAUGUUUUUUUAUACAAAUAAACCCAAUUACAUGAGUUUCAAA